UUUGAUUCACUUCCAAAAGAGAAAUAAAUAAAUAAUGAUAGCUAUAGUGUAGUAGAAGAAAUGAAGCGAAGACAUCCCUGUGAUAAAUGUGAAUAUGUUGCGAUAAAAUCAUCACAUUUAAAGAAACACAAAGAAAGUAAACAUGAAGGAGUAAGAUAUUCAUGUGUUGAAUGCUCAUAUGUCGGAAACUAUCCGCUAAGUUUAAAACGACACAUAGAAAAUAAACACUUAGGUGUGAGUUAUCCAUGUGAACAAUGUGAUUUUAUUUCAAGCACAUCGGGUAACUUAAAGCAGCACAAAGAAAGAAAACAUGAUGGAUUAUUGUAUCACUGUGAUAAAUGUGUAUAUUCUGCACCCGAAUUAUCUAAAUUAAAGAGACACUGUGCUAGUAAACACGAAGGUUUGAGAUACCCCUGUGAUAUCUGUGAACAUUCUGCCACUACACCAUUUAACUUGAAACAGCACAAACGAGUUACUCAUGACGGGCUGAGGUAUCCUUGUGAUAGGUGUAAGCUUUCAGCGACAAGCUUGUCGGGUUUAAAAACACACAAGGAGAACAAACAUGAAGGUAAAAGAUAUCCUUGUGAACAAUGUGAUUUUUUAGGAACGACCCUGUCUCACAUAAAGAGACAUAUAAAAAGUAAACACGAGAAAGUGAAAUAUCCCUGUAGUGACUGUGAUUAUACUGCAACUAUUAGUUCUAAUCUUACAAGACAUCGGAGAAGGAUGCAUAUUGUUCUUCAACCAGAUCUUGUAAAACAAGAACUUUUAUCUGAUCUUGUAAUACUAGAACCUAAUCCUGAACGUGUAAAACAAGAACCUGAUCUUGGGAAACUAGAACCUGAUCCUGAUCUUGUAAAACAAGAACCUGAAUCUGAUAUUGUAAAACAAGAACCUAAUCCUGAUCUUGUAAAACAAGAACCUGAUCCUGAUCUUGUGGAACAAGAACCUGAACCUGAUCUUGUGAAACAAGAACUUGAUCUUGUAAAACUGGAACCUAAUCCUGAACUUGUAAAACAAGAACCUGAUUCUGAUCUUGUAAAACAAGAACUUGAACCUGAUCUUGUAAAACAAGAACCUGAACCUGAUCUUGUAAAGCAAGAACCUGAACCUGAUUUUGUGAAACAAGAACUUGAACUUGAUCUUGUAAAACAAGAACCUGAACUUGAUCUUGUGAAACAAGAACCUGAUCCUGAUCUUGUGAAACAAGAACCUGAACUUGAUCUUGUAAAACAAGAACCUGAACUUGAUCUUGUAUAACUAGAACCUAAUCCUUAACUUUUAAAACAAGAACCUGAGCUUGAUCUUGUAAAACUAGAACCUAAACUUGAUCUUGUAAAACUAGAACCUUGUAUUUAACUUUUAAAACAAGAACCUGAACUUGAUCUUGUGAAACAAGAACCUGAUCCUGAUCUUGUGAAACAAGAACCUGAACUUGAUCUUGUAAAACUAGAACCUUUUCCUUAACUUUUAAAACAAGAACCUGAACUUGAUCUUGUAAAACAAGAACCUGAACCUGAUCUUGUGAAACAAGAACCUGAACUUGAUCUUGUGAAACUAGAACCUAAUCCUGAACUUGUAAAACAAGAACCUAAUCCUUAACUUGUAAAACAAGAACCUGGGGAUGAUCUUGUAAAAUAAGAACCUGAACCUGAUCUUGUGAAAUAUGAACUUGAUCUAGAUCUAGUCAAACAAGAAUCUGAAAAUAAUUGAUUACAUCAAAUGUUUCAUUAAUAUUCAAAUUAAGACAGGAUUCUUUAAUUUAUUGAUUGUUCAAUUUUCUUGCAAAUUUUCCAGUCAUCCAAAUCCAAUCACCUUGUUUUGGAAUUACUUGUAUUUUAGUCAACUCUAAAGGGACUGUUAGCGUAAUUUCAAGCGAACCUCCCUACAAAAAUGAAACUACCAGAUUUACCGUGGUACGCUUGAAUCGUUAAUCUGAUCAAUAAUGUGGAAAAUAUUGUCGGUUUUCUAAGUUUAAAAGUGUUUAAUUCUGAUACACCUAUGUUUUUGUGAGUAUAAAUGCGUAAGUCACUUUCGUAGAGAAGCUACAAUUGAAAAUAAACAUUGAUAUCUAAUUCAUACUUGAUCAGACAA